AUGGCUAGAGGAUUGAAGAAACACUUGAAGAGACUGAAUGCUCCAAAACAUUGGAUGCUUGACAAACUUGGUGGAGCUUUUGCACCAAAGCCAUCAUCUGGACCCCACAAGUCAAGGGAGUGCUUGCCUUUGAUUCUCAUCCUGAGAAACAGACUAAAAUAUGCUCUAACGUACAGAGAAGUUAUUGCCAUUUUGAUGCAGCGCCAUGUUCUUGUUGAUAGCAAGGUUAGGACAGACAAGACAUAUCCUGCUGGUUUCAUGGAUGUUGUUUCUAUUCCCAAAACAAAUGAAAAUUUCCGUCUUUUGUAUGACACCAAGGGCCGUUUCCGUCUCCACUCUGUGAGAGACGAUGAAGCAAAGUUUAAGCUCUGCAAGGUUCGAUCUGUUCAAUUCGGACAGAAGGGUAUUCCCUAUCUUAACACCUAUGAUGGUCGUACCAUCCGCUAUCCGGAUCCACUAAUUAAGGCCAAUGACACCAUCAAACUUGACCUUGAAAACAACAAGAUCACUGAUUUUAUCAAGUUUGAUGUGGGGAAUGUUGUCAUGGUUACCGGAGGAAGAAACAGAGGCCGAGUUGGUGUCAUCAAGAACAGAGAAAAGCACAAAGGAACAUUUGAGACUAUCCACGUCCAGGACGCAAGUGGUCAUGAGUUUGCCACUCGGUUAGGCAAUGUCUUCACUAUUGGCAAAGGAACAAAGCCCUGGGUGUCUCUUCCCAAAGGCAAAGGUAUCAAGUUGACAGUUAUCGAAGAGGCUAGAAAGAGGCAAGCCGCUCAAAAUGCAACUGUUGCUUAA